AGAGCCAGGUACCAGUGGGUACAAUGCAGUCCUGAUAGCAUCUCUGUGUGGCAUAAGCGCAGAUGGAUCCAACAACAUCGACCCUCCAAUGACCAAUCCUGUUCUGGUGAGAAGAGUCCAAAUGAUUUCGUUUCUGUUUCUGAAGACUAUUCUGGAACAGGCUCCAACUCUGGCUCUGCCUCGGGUUUUCUUUCGGGCUCCUGCUCAGGCUCUGGCAUGGGCUUAAGUCCUCGUUCUGAUUCUCCCUCGGGCUCAGGAUCCGGUUCGGGAUCAGGCUCUGGCUCUGGUUCCGGAUCAGGCUCUGGCUCCGGCUCGGGUUCUGGAUCUGGCUCCGGCUCUGGCUCGGGUUCUGGAUCUGGCUCCGGCUCUGGCUCGGGUUCUGGAUCUGGAUCUGGAUCUGGCUCCGGUUCGGGUUCUGGAUCCGGCUCCGGCUCCGGCUCGGGUUCAGGAUCAGGCUCCGGCUCGGGUUCCGGCUCUGGCUCAGGCCCGGGCUCUGGCUAGGGUUCUGGUUCCGGCUCCGGCUCUGGCUCAGGAAGUGGCUUCCUAGGUGAC